CCCCGCGCAUCCCGGGCGGGGCGCGGCCGCAGAUAGCCCGCCUCCCUUCCACCGUCUCGUCGCCCGCCCGCAGCGGCCAUGGGGGCGCGGCUGGGGCGACGGGCAAGGGCAGCGGCCGGCUCGGAUGCCCCCGCGGCAGAGGGCUCCGGGCCCGCGCCCUACGAGCGCCGGGUGCGCUGGCUGCGAGAGAUCCAGUCCAUGCUCCGUGAGCGGCGACCGGAGCGCGCUCGGCAGCUGCUGCGCCUCCUGCGCCAGGACCUGGGCCUUGAAGGGAACCUCCUCACUGACAUCCUCUACAGGAACGUGGCUUUGCUUAACCUGGUGGACCCCAUCUCCCAUGACUUGCUGGUGAACCUGGCCCGGGACCUGCAGUGCCCCAAGAAGGACCAUGAGCCCUGGAAGUCCUCCGAUAAGAUCUGUCGGCAGCUCAUCUACCACCUCACUCCUCACUCCAAGCGAAAGCCCCACCGGAAAACCCAGAACAGCCUCAAGAGCGGCCUCCAGAAGACUCUGCUGGCAGGGGAGACUGUGGACCUUUCUGGUAUCCCGCUGUCUGCCCGGGAUGUACAGCACAUAACCCGCUACCUGAGCAGCCACGGUGUUGAGCUGGUGGUCUUAGACCUGAGCUUCACGGAGCUGAGCGAUGAGCUGCUGCACCUGUUGCUGCCCAGCCUCUGGGCUCUACCCCGCCUCACCCAGCUGCUGCUCAAUGGCAACCGACUGACUCGGGCUGCUGCGCGCGAACUCACGGAGGCUAUCAAGGACACCGCCAAGUUCCCCGUGUUGGCCUGGGUCGAUCUGGGUAACAAUGUGGACGUGUCUUCACUUCCGCAGCCCCUGCUGGUUGGCCUGCGGCGGCGACUCAGUCAGCACACCUCACUCCCCACCAUCUAUGAGGGUCUGGACUUCGAGCCUGGGGGCGGCACGGCUGGGACCACAGCAGCUGUCUCCACCUGGGGCUCUGCAGCAAAUGAGCCCGGACUAGAGCCGCAGGGUUGUUGUGCUAGGUGACUAAAUGGUCUGCUUCACUGGUACUGACUGAGGUCUUUUAAGAAUGUGGUCCUGGGGGCUAACGAUCUCCCACAGAGAGACAGUGCAAAUACUAGACUUGGGGUGAAGUGGGUGGAAGAAGGGUUUCAUGGGAGACAGGCCAGCCAGCCCAGGCUAGGGCUCCACACCGCACCCAACAAAGAGAGGAUCCAGCACCCAUAGCCCAGACCUUCCAGAAAAGGAUGCUAUCGAUCCCUUACCUCAGGCUUCUUCCACUGCAGACUUCAGACUGCUGAGCUCCAGGCUUACUGCAGAGGUAGGAAAACCCCACCCGCCCGGAGUGGGUGGAUCACAGCCGUGCUGAUGUCCCCUUAGCGCUCACUGGCAGGGCGCCAUGGAAACCAAGGUGUAGCGGUCAUGGAUUCAAUGGUGUGUACUCAGGAGUGCGAGGAGGCAUGAUGUUUGCGCAGCAUUUGAGCUCUCUACGUUUGGGGGCUUCAGGGGAGCAGGCUGGGAGUCACAGACGGGCAGAGCUCUGCACGGAGCCCCACAGCAAGUACAAUCAGGUCCCCUCAGUGUGCGCUGGGCUAUGGACAAGGCUUCACACAGCAAAGGCAAGGCCACAGGGGUUCUAAGGGGGUGGCUCUGGGUUUGUCUCCCACAGGCUUCCUGUACAGGGUGAGGAGAUCUGGCUGACUGGAGAUGAGCUGUGUUUCCUCUAGUUCUGGGGUCACACAGCAUGUAAAGGGGUGGAGGUGGGUCCAGCUAGCAUCAGGAGUUCUCAGGGGGGCAGAACAGGCCUAAGGGUCUCUCUAUAGAGAGUUGCUAUCUUCCUAAAAUCCCUCAAGGGGGAUUCUCAACUAGAAACCUAAUGUCUGACUGCUCUCACUGCCUGUUUAGGAGACUAGAGGUUUUAGCUCAAGCAGUAGAGAGGCAGAGCAUGUGGGGAAGGGACUCAGAGAAGCCCUGGGUGGGAAACCAGUGGCCUAAGGCCUCUGUGUAGAGCCAAGACUUAAGGCCUGGUGGCAGUGGAGGGCAACCUUAGCGUUAGGUAAAGGCUUGGGGUUGGAGGCUCACCCUGGACCCAUGUGCCCAGAGCCCGCUAGCUCUGACUCCCCCACCUCACUGUCUGUCUCCAAGUGGACUAUGGACAGUAUUUAGCCCUCCCCCCCCAAAAAAAAAAAACACCAGUUCCAGCACAUCCCCAGAUCAGUGGCCAAGAAGGGAGAGGGCUGGAUUACAUCAGCUGCCAGGCCUGGCAUGGAGGUCCGAGGAGGGAAAGGAUUUCACCUCAUGCUCCACAGCUUUAGACACUGCCUACCAAGGUGCAGUGAGGAGAGCCCAGGGCCUCAGGCUCCGCUCUGCACUCACUGGAGGACCUGGCUCGGCUUCUUUGGGCCUGGACCCAACAUCCCCCUCUCUGUUAAACAGAGCUUGCUGCCCUGGAUCCUGGCACUCAGUGCUUCAUCUAGAGGUACUACUCUGGCCUCCGCCCCUCCAACCCCCAUCCCCCCACCCCCUCGUCGCACUUGUUUUACAGACAUGGCUUGGAGUUAUAGAACUUUCCCUGUGCCUUACACACCCAGGACAAGGAGCCAGGCAAAGCCGAGUGGGGAGUCUGGGUCAGUGGAGAAGGAAGGGAGGGCCAGCUUUGGGCCUAGCAGACUGAUAACCCUGUCACAUGCUCAGGCAGCUGAGUUCUCCCUGUAAUUCUUUGCUGCAUGAAAUUGGUGCUCAGGGGCACCCCUGGCCUUCCUACUCUCUGCCCACAGCUGGUCUGAAGCCAGCCCACGAACCUUUAGAUAUCACCGUGCGGCGAGAUUCCUCCCAGGAUGAUGUGUGAGGGUCGGAGCCAGGUGUCCCGGCAGCUUCCAGGCAAGUCCAGGUGGCAGCAGAUGGCCUCAAUGUCUCCACCUUUUGGAGGCAUGUGAUGCAAUAGCUGAACCAGAUCCUGAGAGGGCUUAGGAGCUGUGGGCGAAGUUGGCCUUGCUGCGACGCAAGUGGUCCUGGCUUGUCACCGAGUUCUCAUGACUACCAGCGGGGAGAUUCCAUGGGCAGGGACAGAGAUUUCCAGAAGUGAGGGAGGGCUGUGUCUUGUCUUUGUGCGACUGUAACAGAACACCACAUCCUGGUAACUUAUAAACAACAGAAGUUUAUUUAGCUCAUGGUUCCAAAGGCUGAGGAGUCAGAAGGAAGGGCUACAUCUGGUGAGGGCUUUCUUGCUGUGUCAUUAUAUGGCUCACAGGCCAAGAGAGUGUGAAAGGAGCCCCAGUGUGACAAUAAGGACUUCCCUGAAUGAGGCCAGAGUCCUACUGACCUAAUCACUCUUUAAAUCACAUCUCCUACCUGUUGGGCUUCAAUGCAUGCACUCUGAGGGAGGCAUUCAAGCCUGUAGUAUGCUUCACUCUGUGGCUUGGUGGUGAGGAGAGCAUCAGCCAGGAGAGAAGGAAGCAGGUGGGGCCUUGCUCUGGUGCCCACUUGGGAGACAUACAAAUCCACCCAUGGUCCAGACCCAUCACUUCUAUCAGGGUGGUCCAUUUGGGAACUAAGUACAAACUCCUUCUUGUCCUACUGAAGUGAGGAAGAAAUGAGGUUUGAAAAGAGCAUGCCAUGUGAGAGGAAUGGGCCAGCAUGCUGUAGUAUCAAUAGUUCACCCAGGCGCUUUGUAUGGUGAGGUUUGGCAAGAUAUAGGCUGAAAACACAUCAAUCAUCUGUCUGUCUAUCUGCUAUCAUCUGUCUACUAUCACCUAUGUAUGUAUCUAUCUAAUCUAUUAUCUACAUCUAUAUAUCUAUUAUCUGUGUCUAUCUAUCUAUCUAUCUAUCUAUCUAUCUAUCUAUCUAUCUAUCUAUCAUCUAUCUAUCUAUCUAUCAUCUAUCUAUCUUAGCCCUGAGAAUUGGCCUCUGACCCUGGAGCACACUUUUUCACUGCACUGAAUCCCAGUUCUCCAUUUAUUUACUUCCUUACUUAGCCAGAGUCUUGAGAUGUGGCCUAUGCUGGGAUUGAACUGUCAAUCAUCCUGCUUCCACCUUCUGAGUGCUGGAAUCGCAAGCCUGUGCCACUGUAUCUAGCAGGGUCUUUCUGGGAACCCAGAAUCACAGGCAGUGGGGUCCCUGUUGCACCGAGGUUUUCUCUGGGUGGAAAAGGAAAGCACACUUGGCCUGGGAGAUUGCUGCCAGUCGCCACUCCACUACUGCCAUCUCCACCGGCAGAAGCCUCCCGUGUUUUCUUCCCAACUGCAUACUUUUUGUUUUUUGAAAACAGUAUUUAAAAAGGAAGCUGUUAUGAGUGGGGUGGGGCUGCACAUGCCUGUAGGCCACCCUCGGCUGUAUCGUAAGCAUCCGUAAUUGCAACAUAAUAAAGCAAACACACUGGGACAAGUUUAAAGCGUGCAGCACAGUUUUAUCGUAUUUACAUAUUCGUGAAAACCAUGGCAGUAAAUGUGUCUGUCACCCCACGCUUGCUGUGUUCCCUGCUGACUCACUUCCUUCCACCCCUACCUCUCAAAAACCAUUGGUCUGUCUGCCCCAUCAGUUAGUUUCCAGUUUCCAGAUUUAGACCAGUUCAUGGGAUCAUACAAAUGUACCAUAUUACAAUACUAUAUAGACAUAUAUACUCUAUAUACAUAUUUAAAACAGCAUAAUUAUUUUGACACUCACCUGUAGUAUUGCGUGUAUCAAGAAUGGCCUUUUGAGCCGGGCGAUGGUGGCGCACGCCUUUAAUCCCAGCACUCGGGAGGCAGAGGCAGGCGGAUCUCUGUCGAGUUCGAGACCAG